AUGUCAGCGUUACUGCUGCAGCACACUGCCGACAUUUGUAGGAAAUACAACAGAUGUGUACUGUGGGCGCUAUCAAAGCGAAGUACCCACUUAUUUGCGAACAAACUCACGUCUAGUUAUAGUGGUAAAAAUGUGCUGGCUAAGUCUGCAAAUGUUAGCAGGACGCUUCUAUCCAGUUCAGAACGGACUUUCACGGGGCAGCCACCGAAGAAAGUCAUUCAGAGUCUUCUCCACAGACCUUUGGGUCCUUGCAUGGUGGGAAUUAGUAAGGAGCUGAUCAGAAACAACCUGCUGAGGAAUCCUGUUGGUUUAGCUAAUCUGUUAGGAGCAAUAAACUUUUUCAGCACAACCCAGUCUAAGCAACAGAAGAAUAAAAGUAGUGAUCCAAAGGGAAAAACUCCACAAGAAGAUGAAGAGGAGAAGAAACGCCGCGAGCAGGAGGAUCAGCUGUACCGGGAGCGACUGCGGACCCUCUUCAUCAUUGCACUAAUCAUGAGCCUGCUAAACUCCAUUAAUACCAGUGGCGGUAACAUCUCCUGGAAUGACUUUGUCAACGAGAUGUUGGCGAAGGGAGAGGUGUCGCGCGUGCAGGUCGUUCCAGAGAGUGAUAUCGUUGAAAUCUACCUUCACCCAGGAGCAGUUAUCUUUGGAAGGCCGAGACUGGCGCUCAUGUACAGAAUGCAGGUUGCCAACAUUGACAAAUUCGAGGAGAAGCUGAGAGCAGCUGAGGAGGAGCUGAACAUUGACGGAAAGGACAGAAUACCAGUGUCAUACAAACGCACUGGAUUCUUUGGAAAUGCAGUAUAUGCUCUGGGGAUGGCUGCUAUCGGCGUGGCUAUUCUUUGGUAUAUCUUUCGACUUGCAGGCAUGGGUGGCAGAGAGGGGGGCUUCAGUGCUUUUAAUCAGUUGAAAAUGGCCAAGUUCACCAUUGUGGAUGGUAAAUCGGGAAAAGGUGUGAGUUUCAAAGAUGUGGCUGGCAUGCACGAGGCUAAGAUUGAAGUAAAGGAAUUUGUUGACUACCUCAAGAUGCCAGACCGAUAUCUGCAGUUGGGUGCCAAGGUUCCUAAAGGUUCACUGCUGCUUGGGCCCCCCGGUUGUGGAAAGACCCUGCUUGCUAAGGCUGUAGCCACAGAGGCCCAGGUGCCUUUUCUAGCAAUGGCUGGUUCUGAGUUUGUGGAAGUCAUUGGGGGUCUUGGCGCUGCCAGAGUCCGGAGUCUGUUUAAGGAGGCCCGUGCCCGGGCACCUUGCAUCGUCUACAUAGAUGAGAUUGAUGCUGUAGGAAAGAAGCGCUCCAACAACAUGUCAGGCUUCUCAAACACUGAAGAGGAACAGACUCUCAACCAGCUGCUGGUGGAGAUGGAUGGAAUGGGAACAACAGACCAUGUGAUUGUCCUUGCCUCAACUAACAGAGCAGAUAUCUUAGACAAUGCGCUAAUGAGACCAGGCAGGUUGGACAGGCAUAUUUUCAUAGAUCUGCCAACUUUGCAGGAGAGGAAGGAGAUCUUCGAGCAGCAUCUGAAGAUCCUGAAGUUGACCCAACCUGCCAAUUUCUACUCUCUGCGGCUGGCUGAGCUCACGCCAGGCUUUAGUGGUGCAGACAUUGCCAACAUUUGCAACGAAGCUGCUCUGCAUGCUGCCAGAGAGGGUUUCAAGUCCAUCGAUACUUUCAACUUUGAGUAUGCAGUGGAGCGCGUCAUAGCAGGGAGUGUGAAGAAGAGUAAGAUCCUGUCUAAAGAAGAGCAGAGGGUGGUAGCCUUCCACGAGUCUGGGCACGCCUUGGUGGGAUGGCUGCUGGAGCACACAGAGGCAGUGAUGAAGGUAUCAAUUGCCCCAAGGACAAAUGCAGCCCUGGGGUUUGCUCAGAUGUUACCCCGUGACCAGUACCUGUUCACGAAGGACCAGUUGUUUGAGCGCAUGUGUAUGGCUUUGGGGGGAAGAGCCGCAGAGGCCAUCACCUUUAACAAGGUUACCACAGGAGCUCAAGAUGACCUGCGCAAGGUGACCCGUGUGGCCUACUCCAUGGUGAAGCAGUAUGGGAUGUGCGACAGUGUGGGACAGGUCUCCUUUCCAGAGACAGAGGAGCAGGGUGCCGUUGGACGGCGUCCUUUCAGCCAAGGCCUGCAGCAACAGAUGGAUCAUGAGGCUAAGAUAUUGAUAGCCCGUGCAUACCGACACACAGAAAAGCUGCUGCUGGACAACAGGGACAAGCUGGUGCUGUUGGCCAACUCUCUGUUGGAGCGGGAGGUGGUGAACUACGAUGACAUUGAGGCCCUGUUGGGUCCACCACCCCAUGGCCCCAAGAAGAUGAUCCUCCCACAGAGCUGGAUUGAAGCUGAAAAGGACAAGCAGGACACAGGGGAGGAUGAACCUCCACCCCCUCGCAAACGGAGAGAGGAGGAUGUAGAUCCUCAGCUGGUUUGA